AUGGCAAACAGUGUUAAGAGUUUUUCAGUGGGAUAUAAUCCCAUAAACAAAAGCGACAUUUUCACCAGUGGUGAUCGCCUUACAGGACAGAUUACUUUAGAGCUGGCAAGCAUCAGCAAAAUAUAUUCACUCAGUGUAAAGCUGAAGGGAAAAGCAGAAGUCAAAUGGACUGAGAAUUAUGGAAAAACAAGUGUAACAUACCAUAACAAAGAGAAGUACUUCAGUAUCAAGCAGUUUCUCAUUCAGGAGGACCACGGCAAUAUUACUGUUGGCCCGGGCUGUCAUGUUUACCCAUUCACCUUUCAGAUUCCUGCACAGGAGCUGCCAUCCUCCUUCAAGGGCUCCCAUGGAAAGAUCCUGUACUCACUGGAGGCAAACCUGAGCAGGCCCAUGAAAUUAGACAGCAAAGCUAAGGCGAAGUUCACCCUCGUCCACAAAGGAAACCUAAACAGUGAUCCAUCGUUGAUGGCUCCACAGCAAAAUAUCAUUGAUAAGAAAAUGAAGCUCUUUACAUCAGGAACAGUGGGCAUGGAUGUAAAUAUUGCACGAACAGGCUUCCACCAAGGGGAAGGCAUAAAGGUUGUGGCCUCCAUUCAGAACAAAUCAUCUCGUGACAUUAAGCCCAAGUACUGUUUGUAUAAGAAGAUCAGCUACUUUGCGAAGGGGAAGAGGAGAGUCGAAACCAUAGACAUCCUGAAAGAAGUGGGCGAAGCCAUCCCACCUUCUGCAGGUCAGACUGUCACCAGGACCAUCACUGUCCCCCCCACCACCUGUGUGUCCAUCUUAAACUGCAAAAUCAUCAAAACAGAGUACAGGCUCAGGGUCUAUCUGGAUGUUAAGUAUGCUUCAGACCCUGAGAUCAAGUUCCCCAUAGUCGUCCUGCACGCUUUACAGGAGCCUGAUGAAGAGCAGCCACCUGUAUAUUCUGACUUUGGAUUUGGAGCAUUUGUUAACUCAGGCAUGGCAGGAGGGACCAGCUUUCUACAAAACCCAGCAGCCUCAGGCCCUUCUGCUCCACCUCCACCCUAUAGCACAUAUGGGAUGUACCCCUCCUUGACUGGUUUUGAUGGGAAAUCCUAG